CUGUUUCGAUGGAUAGCGGCUCCCUGGUCAUGUCAGAAAUCGUAGACAUCCCCGGAGACAGCAGCCCGUCGGAGGACUCGUGCCUGCUGGAGACCGAAGGCUCCGUUCGCUCGGUCGAUUACGUCCUGUUCCGUUCUAUCCAGCGCAGCCGGGCCGACUACUGCCUGAGCGUGGACUGUGGGCAGUGUGGCCUGCAUCCGCAAAGCCCCACCCUCCAAGGCCCGUUCGAGGAGGUGCCGCGCUCCCGUCUCCGUGGCGAGCGCUCCUACUCCUGCUCCACGCCCACCGCGGGCUACGAGGGCCUGCUCGAGGUGGGUGGCGCUCUGACCCAUAGCUGCCACCGCCUGGAAGGCCUGGGCCGCAGCAUGGGACCCUGCUACCCCGAGGUGCGAGUCAAAGCCAAAAGCUCGCUCCCGGGACGCAAAGGCCCGGGGCGGCAGCAACGCCGGAGCAGCGAGGUCUCCUUCCGACUGCCUCCGACCUGCUGUCCUCUCCUGCGAUCCCACAGUGAUCCUGGAAUUACCUCAGCCUGUGACACCGGUGACUUCCAGGAGGUGUUCUGCACCAAAGCUAUGGAGGAUGACAUGUCGAAUUCCUCUGAUACAG